AUGGGCGGGAGGGAUUCACUUUCCUCAUCAUGUUCCAAAAUUUGUCCUAAAGAUAUCUGUCGGGCGAAUGAGAACAGCAACGUGAAAACUCCCCUGAAACGUGUUCGAUCCGUUAAUUGUUUCGCUCUCAUGGAAGGUGAAGAGGAGGAAAUAAGAAGUGCACUGCAGAUAACAAACACGAACGCAUCGGACGAGGAAGUCGUUAAUGACAACUCUCAGUUGCAAACGAUUGCCGCAGAUUGCGACCAAUUCAAAGGUCGGUUCGGUUACAAUUAUUACGAUGUUACAAAUGUGGAGACAGACUUCCCGAUAGCUUACAGCAUUGUUUUCCACAAAAACCCAGCUCAACUAGAGAGACUCUUACGAAAUAUUUACAGAAGGCACAACGCCUACUGCAUCCACGUUGAUUUGAAGGCAUCGAGUGAAGUUUACGAGACGGUGAAGAUGAUAACGGAGUGCUUCGAUAACGUCUUUUUAUCGAAGGAACGUGUGAAUGUCAUCUACGCAAGUUUCGCGAGGUUGCAGGCCGACCUGAUCUGCAUGUCCGAACUGUUGGACUUCAAAGUGAGGUGGAAGUACGUCAUCAAUCUUACCGGACAGAUGUUCCCACUGAAAACUAACCUGGAAAUCGUUCGAAUACUUGAAAGCUUGAAGGGCAGCAAUGACAUCGAAUCUUUUUCGUGGGGCUAUUCGCUCAAUUUUAAUGAUCGUUUCAAAUACGUCUACAAAAUUAUAAACAACAAUAUAGAACAAACAAAAGAACUUAAAGAAAAACCACCAUUCCAUAUUAGACUUCAAAAAGGAAGUGUAUUUGGCAGUUUCAAGAAGGAAUUUGUUCGUUUCGUCUUCAUGAACAGCAGAGUUCGAGUCUUUUUGAAAUGGUUGCAAGAUGUCUACAGUCCCGACGAAUUUUUUUGGGCAACCAUAAACAACCGCCUGACCAACCCAAUUUUCAACGCGCCAGGUUAUAAAGUAAUUCAUUGUGGAUACAACAGAGCUUCUGAGAGAGUUCCAUGGUUGUCAACGUUUGUUAGCUGGGCGCCUCCAAGCACCUGUAGUGGAAAGAUUGUCAGAUCAUAUUGCAUUUUUGGCAUCGGUGACCUCCAAUCUCUGGUCUACCGCAACCACCUCUUUGCAAACAAGUUUUACAUCGACUACCAAACUCUUACCAUCGACUGUUUAGAAGAAUGGUUGCACAAUAAAACUGUCUACAAACCGUUGCUGCCUAUGCAUAUGUUUAGAGAGAAUCGUUAUUUUUUAUAA